GAGAGUGGUGUGUGGGUAUUUGACUCUGCGCCCAACUCAUACACAUUCCCACACAUUUUCACUUCAUCCUUUAUCUUUCCCUGCCCUGCCCUGUCUGCUCUCAACACCCCUUCCAAAACUUACUUUUAAUACUCCAAUAGCAAUUACACACGCCGGCUUUUAAUUAAACAAAAAAUGCCAUCGGAAGAGUUCUCCUUUACUGACCAUUCGCACCGUCGGUUCAACCCGCUGAACGAUUCAUGGGUGCUCUGCUCGCCACACAGGGCCAAGCGCCCCUGGCUCGGUCAAGUUGAAGAGGCCUCGACCGAGCAGCGUCCCGAAUACGACCCCCAAUGCUUCCUAUGCCCGGGCAACACGCGCGCCACCGGGGCCCAAAACCCCAACUACCCUUCAACCUACGUAUUCCCGAACGACUACGCCGCCGUCCACAAGUCCCAGCCAGACUGCCCCGAAUCCGCCCUGGCACAGGUCGCCGGCGCAAACGCAUCAGACGAGCUAUUCCGCGUUGAGUCGACGCGCGGUCAGUGCUCGGUUGUGUGCUUUUCGCCGCGCCACGAUCUCACACUUCCCGAGCUCAGCCUCGAUGAGAUCUGCGAGGUUGUGCGCACAUGGCAGUCCAUAUACACGGAGCUGUCCAAGGAUCCAGGCGUCGGAUACGUGCAGUUGUUUGAAAAUAAGGGCGCUAUGAUGGGAUGCUCGAACCCGCAUCCGCAUGGCCAGAUCUGGGCCCUUUCUGACAUUCCGAGCGAGCCCAAGAAGGAAAUGGAGUCGCUCAAAAAGUUCAACAAGAAGCACGCCAGCAAUACUGGCCCGCGUGCUUGCCUUCUGUGCAGCUAUACCAAGGCUGAGGAGGCGAACGCUGCUGCGGGUGAGUCCACUAACCGAGUUGUUUUACAGAACGACUCAUUCAUGGGUAUUGUUCCGUUCUGGGCUGUCUGGCCCUUCGAGACCAUGAUUGUCGCCAAGCAUUUGGCGGAGAUCAUGCAGGGGCUUACUUGCCGCUACGAUAACAUGUUCCAAUGCAGCUUCCCGUACUCGAUGGGUAUUCACCAGUCGCCGACAGCGAACCAUCCUGAUGCUGACGGUUGCCAUCUUCACUUGCACUUUUACCCGCCGCUGCUUCGCAAUGCCACCGUGCGCAAGUUUCUGGUUGGAUUUGAGAUGAUGGCGGAGCCCCAGCGCGACCUGACUGCCGAGCAGGCUGCCUCGCGCCUGCGCGCACUGAGCCCGAUCCACUACAAGCAAAACACGGCCACCAUGGCAGAUGACCAAUACAAAAGAUAA